CUCUCACGCAACAGUCGUGGAGACGCACCUACAGGCUUCAGCUGGAGCAGAGGACAUGAGCGCUGCGCUGCGCCAUUAACAACGCUUGCGUCCAGCUCCUACUUGAAGACAGAUGGAUCUGACGCCCAAAGACAUCAACAGCCGCACAUUUUGACUCUUCUUCUUCCCAUGAAGACGGAUCACGUUUUCUCUGUUACUGAUCACAGCUCCAAUGGAUAUCUAUACAUCUAAGUUAUCACCGGCGCUUGACAUCUUCGCUGGCUGUUAUCUGCUGGGUGUAGCUGUUCUCUCCAUCAUAGGAAAUGUGCUGGUCCUUAUCAUGGCAGCGAAAAGGUCAUCAAGAAUGAAACCCCCAGAGCUGCUGAGUGUGAAUUUGGCAAUGACAGACCUAGGAGCAGCUAUUACCAUGUACCCCCUGUCUGUGGCCUCAGCCUGGAGCCACCGCUGGCUCGGGGGGGAUGUCACCUGUCUAUAUUAUGGCCUGGCAGGGUUCUUCUUCGGCCUUGCCAGCAUCAUGAACCUGACUAUCUUGGCCAUAGUGCGCUGCUUUGUGUCACUCAAUCUGCAGUCACCGACAGCCGAGAAACUCAGCUGGACGAAGGUGAAGAUGCUGUGUGCGUGGACCUGGCUGUACGCUGUGAUCUGGUCUCUGUUCCCCAUUCUGGGCUGGGGACGGUACGGCCCGGAGCCCUUCGGCCUGUCCUGCUCUCUUGCCUGGGGAGACAUGAAACACGAGGGCUUCUCUUUCGUCAUCAGCCUUUUCUUUUUCAACCUCGUCACUCCUAGUGUGAUCAUCAUCUGCUGUUACUUCGGUAUGGCCAUCAAGCUGUAUUUCACCUACAAGAAGUCCAUGAACCACAACAACCGAGUCCCCAAUGUUGUCAAGCUUCAUCGAAGGCUGUUGGUGAUUGCUGUUCUUAUCAGCAUGGGCUUCAUAGUCUGCUGGACGCCCUAUGCCAUAGUAAGCCUGUGGUCUAUUUUCCGUGAGGCAGGCAGCAUCCCACCUGAAGUCAGUCUCCUGCCCUGCAUGUUUGCAAAGAGUUCCACCGUAUACAAUCCUAUGAUCUAUUACUUAUUCAGCAAGACAUUUAAAAGCGAGGUUAAGCAGCUGUGCUGGUUUUGCCUCGGCUCCAAUCCAUGCCAUGUGUCCAACAGAAUCAAUGACAACACUAUUUAUAUGUUAAGUACUGCAGGCAAGUCGAAAGUAGAAGAACUGUCUGCCUCGCCGGAGGUCGCAGAGUGAAAGACUUUGUGUUGUUAAUUGUGAAAAAACACUGUGGUUUCAUGAUGUGUUAUCUAACAAACAUGAUCAGAAUAGAAAACACCAGUUUUGUUUUUGUGACAACAUGAGUUGUGUUUGGUAUUAUAACAACAAUCAGUGUUAUACUGGCCUCUUUUGUUUGUGAUGAAUGAAAAGGCAUCUUUGCACAAUAUGUUAAAUACUGUGAACGCUGUAAACUACAGAUUAGAGUUAACUCUGUGUUUAUAGGUGACUCAAAUCCCCUCAGCCAUUGUAGGGCAGAAACAGAGGCCUACUCAUUGUUGAGUUAUAGCAAGCUGUGAAGAAAGUGGCAGCCUCACAGGAUUACAGAAAAUCAUGUAUUUUUACAGAUUACAAACCAAAGGUUGUACAGCAUUAUACACUUAUGACAUAACUAAAAACAAGACAUGUUUACUUCAAUGCUUUAGGUUCAAUGUGUGAUUUUUGAUAAUUUUGUGAGACCAAAUCAGUAUUUUCCAGAAAAAGGAACAACAGUGUGCUAAAUGUUUUAGUUAAAUGUCUGCUGAGAGAUCAUGUUACGUAAGUCUCUAAAAUGUUGAUGCAUUGCCUUUACAGUCUUGUUAGUAAGAUACGUGUAUUGUUAUGUAAUGUAUUUUUAAAAAACAAAAAUAAAAGAUAAAAUAAAGCUUUAUUGUUUAAAAUACUUUAUUUGCAACUUUGUAAAUGCUCAAAACUAUGAAAAUAAAAGUUCUUCUAAAAAUCAAUGUGUAACAGAUUUCAGUGCAUUAAUCACUAUUGUUCAUACUUGAGUGUAAAUGUCUAUGUUCUCGUCUUCCUUUUACUCAGUGAUAUUUUUCUUAUAUCUUCAACUGUAAUCUCACGAUUCCCUGUUAAUGAGCUUGACUGAGUGAAAAAUAAUGUUUUUGCUGUCAUGUGAAGCUUUUUUAAUGCAUAGUGUAUUAUUGACAGUGUUGAAUCAUUUCU